UCUCUCUCUCUCUCUCUCUCUCUCUCUCUCUCUCUCUCUCUGUGCCUGUGGGUGUAACCGUGUAAGUCAUGGAGAGGAGAUUCAGCAGAAACUUAUCAAACGAAAGCAGAGAAUCCGUCAACCUCCAAAAGAAGAUAGCAGAAACCCGGAGACCCAACAGGCCGGAGAGUGCACCGGACCUCACUGAUUUUAUGAAUGACAUGUUCUUCGGGACAGUGAACUCCGACAAGAAAGCGUAUAACCUGACAGGUGGAUUAAUUGAUGAUGAUGACUACGAUGAAAGAGAAGAUUUUGAGUCUAGUAGGAGGAGUGUGAGCAGUAGAUUAACUGACGAGUGGCUAGAGGAAGCCAAGCGCAUGGUGGCUUUGUCUCCUUCCCGGUGUGUUUCCCCUUCUCGGCUGACCGGGUCGCCUCGGUUCGCAGCAUCUCCGGCCAGACUAUCUGUGUCGAGUUAUGAUUCUGUCUCUAGGUCUGCUAGAAGACACAGGGCUGUUGAAAGCUUCAGUGGGGAAAUCCUUUCAAAGACAGCUAAACACACCCGCAAUAAUUCUGGACCCCUUGACCCACCUCCCCCGGCUGAAAUAUCCCCUGCAUCGGCAGUCCAUCAAUGGUUCUCCGACAUCCUCAAACCCCUCAAUCCCACACCUCCACCUCACUCUUCCGCCCCCACCAACCCCCACGCCAACGACCAUCCCACCACAACCUCAAAUCACACGGCUCCAACACCGCCACAUCCACCAUUAACGCACCGCAAGUCCAGGUUCCAAAAGAACACCAACGCAACUCAGCCACAGACAAUCCCACCCCACCCUCCCUCUAAACGAACUUUCAAAACCACCAGAACAGACACCCAAGUUCUCUCUCCUCCAAAGCAUCUCAUCUCGACGGCUCACAAGAGAUCGGUGUCGUCGUCGACAAGCUUUGUUCCGGACAGUCAAAUCCUGUCGCCGCCGAGGAACUUGGUCGAGUCAGCUCACCGGAGGUCGGUAUCGUCGUCGACGUGUUACACUGAUCGGAUUUUGCAGAAGCCUGCUCUGAACGAACAGUUGAGGGAGGAAGACGACAUUGGUCGAGACCUUAAUGGGUUUUUGACAGAACAAAGAGCAAAAAUUGGGAAGAUUGUGAGUGGUGAAAUCAAUGGGAAGGCAAACAUUGUAUUCGCAGCAAAAUCAAACAGUACUAGUUCGAUGGUGGCUGCGAUAUGCUACGCGUGGUUGCUGGAGAAUAUGAUGAAUAACAAUGAGGGAGGUGAGGAAGAUGGGAAUGUGGUGGUUGUGGUGCCUGUGAUGAAUAUGAGGAGAGAAAAAAUGUGGAAGCAGCGACAGGCGGCCCGGCUUUUUCACCACAUUGGUGUUGAUGCUACCGCGUUGCUCUUUUCUGAAGAGGUAGAUAUGGAAACACUAAUGAUGUCUAAGAAGUUGAGCAUCCUUGUUGUUGGGCAAGAUAUCCUCAAAACCAAUGGCGAGGUUGCAUCUGCGUGCACCAUUCUCACAGACAAUUACUGUGAACAUGCCUAUGACCUACUUCAGACCCCUGUCCUGAGAAAACUUCUGCUGGCAGGUAUUCUAUUAGACACACAAAAUCUGGACAUAUCCGCUAAGUUGUCUAAGACUAAAGAUACAGAGGCAGUUCAGUUGCUAUCUGUUGGCUCUGUUCCCGGUUAUAGAAAUGCUCUUUAUGAUCAAUUAAUGCAGGAUCAGAGAGAUUGUAAUUUCUUUGAAGCUUUGCGGCACAACUAUGGAAAGCCUCCUAAUGAGGGUACCCGAGAUGGUGGAGCACCAGUGGCACACAGAGUAUCAGAGAGAAACCAUGAACCAGUGAUACGAAGUUCAGACAAAGGCUCCAAUGAUGUUAAAAAUGUGAGGGCUAGUACCCCGUCACCAAACUCAGCAACUAAACCUAAAUCACUUCCAACUCAAUCUCCGGCUGCAGCUCCAGCCCAGGCAGCUGAUGCCUCUCGUGGAAAGAAUAAGUUCUCCUUGGCAAAGUGGUUUGGCUUUGGAAAAUGAUGAUAUAUAUGCACAUGAUCUGGGAUGGUAAAUUUUGAAGAAAACAUAUACCGUGAAGGUAAUAAAUCCUUUCCUGGAUUAUUAGUGAUGUAUUUUAAAUGGUAAGCCAAGUUGUAUGUCUCACCCUCCUUUCUUCAUCUUCAAUGAUUUAUGGACGGUUUGAAAGGGACAGUCAUGGUUUGUAAUCUUAUUCUAUUAUUGAUUUUUGUAUCAAGAAAUAAUGUUGAGAGCUGAGUUAGCCAUCCAUAGUACU